CCUCGCACUCCAGCGUCAAGUCAGUGUUAGAACCCCCCCAAAAAUCCCCAAAUUAUCACAAUUCCUAGCUUUGCUUCUCUCAAAUAGGGUUUCUGUAAAGAAUGCCGCAAAGACACUCAAAAAACAACAACGAUUUAGCUUUUUUCACGUACGAUGAGAAGAGAAAGUUAGGGUAUGGGACACAAAAGGAGAGGCUUGGAAAGGAUUCGAUCAAGCCAUUUGAUGCUUGCUGUCUCUGCUUGAAACCAUUUAUAGAUCCAAUGUCUUGUCAAAAAGGUCAUGUCUUUUGUAAAGAGUGCAUCUUAGAAUGCCUCUUAGCCCAAAAGAAAGACAUUCAAAGGAAGCUAGCUUCCCAUGAAUUGCAGAAGAAACAGGAAAAGGAGGAGGAAGCAGAGAAAUUCAUGUCGCAGAAGGCCAGAGAGCUUGAUGCAUUUGAUCAGCAAAAUCAUGGUGCAGUUCCACAGUACAGCGAUAGAAACCACAGCCAAGACAAGAACGGUUUCCAUGGGGCAAACAGUGUGAAGGUCACUUCGUAUGAAGAGGAAGCUCUCCGGACAAUGAAAGCAUUUUGGCUGCCCUCAGCCACGCCAGUCGCGCCGGUUAAAGUGGAUGCCCCUUCCACAAGCACUGUCUGCCCAGAAGGCAAGGAAAAGCUCAAGCUGAAGAGCCUGUUCCCAGUCUACUUCACAGAAGACACCAGUGAAAAGAAAUCAUCCAGUUCUCUUGAUAAGACCUUCAUUUGUCCUAGCUGCAAGGUUACUCUCACCAAUACACUCUCACUGGUGGCAUUAAGUUCUUGUGGUCAUGUCUUCUGCAAGAAGUGCGCUGACAAAUUUAUGGCUGUUGAUAAGGUUUGUCUGGCUUGCGGUAAGGGUUGUAAAGAGCGCAAUUUGGUGAACUUGGAAAAAGGUGGAACAGGGUUUGCUGGCCACGAUGAUCACCUUGUGGCAACAGACUUCAAGCAUUUGGGUAGUGGUUCAGGAUUGGGACUUGUGAGACCAGCCACGAAAACUUAAACUCCAAGCACUUGUAGAAUAUGGUAAUCUUGUUAUAGUUUCUUUUGCAUCAUCAUAAACGGCAAACCGAGGUCCUUUUGCUUUAGAUGGUCAUCCACUCGGUUUGCAGUGUGAUGUGUUGUCAUGAGUUUGUUUACAAUACGAUAACCACUGGUGAUACAAUUUAUUUUUUGGUGAAUGCCAUAAACCAAUAACUAGACUGAAAA